CAGCCAGCCCCACCAUGUGUGAAGAAGAGACCACUGCACUUGUGUGUGACAAUGGAUCUGGCCUGUGUAAGGCUGGCUUUGCUGGUGAUGAUGCACCCCGGGCAGUUUUCCCCUCCAUCGUGGGACGCCCUCGACAUCAGGGUGUGAUGGUAGGAAUGGGCCAAAAAGACAGCUACGUGGGAGAUGAGGCCCAAAGCAAGAGGGGCAUCCUGACUCUCAAGUACCCCAUUGAGCAUGGCAUCAUCACCAACUGGGAUGACAUGGAGAAGAUCUGGCACCACUCUUUCUACAAUGAGCUUCGAGUAGCUCCUGAGGAACACCCCACCCUGCUGACAGAGGCCCCUCUAAAUCCCAAGGCAAACAGGGAGAAGAUGACCCAAAUCAUGUUUGAAACCUUCAACGUUCCUGCCAUGUAUGUGGCUAUCCAAGCUGUUCUGUCUCUCUAUGCCUCUGGCCGUACCACUGGCAUUGUCCUGGACUCAGGGGAUGGAGUCACCCACAACGUGCCCAUCUAUGAAGGCUAUGCCCUGCCUCAUGCUAUCAUGCGUCUGGAUCUGGCUGGCAGGGAUCUCACUGACUACCUCAUGAAGAUCCUCACAGAAAGAGGCUACUCCUUUGUGACCACAGCUGAACGUGAAAUUGUAAGGGACAUCAAGGAGAAACUGUGCUAUGUGGCCCUGGACUUUGAGAAUGAGAUGGCCACUGCUGCCACCUCUUCUUCCCUGGAGAAAAGCUAUGAGCUACCUGAUGGUCAGGUUAUCACCAUCGGCAACGAGCGCUUCCGAUGCCCAGAAACCCUCUUCCAGCCCUCCUUCAUUGGCAUGGAGUCUGCAGGCAUUCAUGAAACAACCUACAAUUCCAUCAUGAAAUGUGACAUCGACAUCCGGAAGGACUUGUAUGCCAACAAUGUCCUCUCUGGUGGAACCACCAUGUACCCUGGCAUUGCAGACAGGAUGCAGAAGGAGAUCACAGCCCUGGCCCCCAGCACCAUGAAGAUCAAGAUCAUUGCUCCCCCUGAGCGCAAGUAUUCAGUCUGGAUUGGGGGCUCCAUCCUGGCCUCCCUCUCCACCUUCCAACAGAUGUGGAUCAGCAAACCAGAGUAUGAUGAGGCUGGGCCUUCCAUUGUCCACAGGAAGUGUUUCUAAGAAUGGAGUCCACGGGGCCUCCCUGGCGCUGCUCUUCCUCCUGCACCCUCUGCUCUGUUGCUGAUCCCAAUGCAUUAAAGUUGGCAAGCUUUCUCUCUC